AUGGUCAACCGUAAUCUGAGAGCGACUUUGGAUAAUGCAGAGGUUUUACAAACACACACCUCAACAUCCACCAACGCUGAGAAAGGAAAGUUUGAUGAAGAGAGAAGCGAAGCGAGCAAGAAGGCUGUGAAUGUGGUAAAACUGGUUGCUGAGAAAAUCUUUCCUCCUUUUCAAGCAUACCCUUUUAUAACGACGCCUUUGGAAAAACUUCACGUAUAUCAAGCGAAACUUAUUCAUGAUCAGAGAGAAGGAAAGGUGACUUCUAAAGAAGCUAGCAAAUUAUUUCUCCAGUGGUCGGAUGCAGUCCCACACGACAAAGUUUAA